AUGGGUAGGUGCAGAAAACGGCGUGCUAAGGCGGUCUCUGGGACCCCUGGGGUCCUUGGGGCUCGUGAGCAACUGGUGGCGGUACUGGAGACGAGAGCCAGCAAGCAUGGUAAGGAUGAGGGUCCGCUGGUAAGUCCCCAGGGGGAUGCACGGCUGAGGGAGCAGUUCAGCGGUGUAUUGAAAAGGUUUGAAGGUCCGCGGGUGCGGGAACAGCGGGUGCGGAACAGUGACGUACAGGUGAAAGUGUACCAUGACGGGGAUGCUCCACCUCAGGGUGAUGAUGAGGCUGCGGUGGUGGAUGAGUCUCCCGUGGAUGAUGAGCUCCAGGUGGCGCCACUGUCGAAACGGCAGGCGCGAAAAGUGGCGAAACCGUCGCUUGUGGAGUUGAAGGCAGCGGUGUUGCACCCGGAGUGCAUUGAAUGGUACGACUGCGACGCACAGUACCCUGUCUUUGCAGCGAAGAUAAAGAGCAGCAAGAACGUUGUCCCCGUGCCCGUUCACUGGCAGAUGAAGCGCGAUUACCUAUCCGGCAGGUCCCUGAUGGGCAAGAGACCGUUUGAACUGCCCGAUAUCAUCAAGCAGACAAAGAUAGAAGAGAUGCGGAAAACGCUUCCCAAUGACCCGCAGGACAGGGAGGGCGAGGACGCGGGAAAUGCAGCUGUAACUCUCAAGGAGACCGCCAGGGCAAAAGUGCAGCCGAAACUGGGCUCGCUCGAUAUAGACUUCAAGAAGUUCCACGAUAUCUUCUUUAAAUUGGGCACCCACUGGAAGCCAGACCUGUUGCUGCCCUUUGGUGACUUGUUCUACGAGAACAGGAACAUGCAGGAGGAGGCAGAGUGGAUCAGACUGAAACGGGAGAAGAGGCCCGGAAAACUGAGUCCCGGUCUGCGAGAGGCUAUGGGACUCCACGAGGGGCAGCUCCCACCUUGGUGCAUGAAAAUGAGCAAGUUGGGGAUGCCCCCAAGCUACCCAACGCUGAAGGUUGCCGGGCUCAAUUGGGGGAUCGAACAUUUGCGGGACGACGUGUACGGGAAACUACCAAAAGACAAGAAGAAAUCAAGAACUACGGGGGCAGACACCCUCUUCGGAACCAUUCUGUCCUUCGAUGAACCGGAGGAGGAGGAUAACGAGGGAGAGAGCGAACCAGAGCCAGAACAAGUCGGUGACCACCAGGAGGAGGAGGAGCAGCCUGAAGAACACGACGGCGCUGAGCAUAUCACCUCGAUAGAAAUUGGGAACCGUGCGGAUAACGACCAGAGCACAGACGACAAGGAUAAAUCGUUGUACACGGUGUUGUCGGAAACGAUUUCCUCAGAACAGGCGUCCACCACGACGAAUAUCCAGAAGGCGUACGCGAUGCCCUCUGCGGGCCCAACUUCAAAAGAGCAAGACGAAGACACGAAUGAGGCAACCGACCAAGAGCAAGGGAAAGACGAUGCCCUCGAGAAGUUCAAGUUCUGA